UCAAAAUAAAAUACGGUUACCUCAGCCUAUACAGUUAUAUUUGCAUCUUUCACAUUUGAUUAUCGGAUCUCCAAUUCACCAUAGCAAUCGCCGUAUUGAGGAAUUUCUAUUUCUCUUGCGAAAUUAGGGUUAGGGUUUCCGCUUCUGCGGCUCCUCCAGUCCUAAUUCGUUGGCUUCGAUUGAGUUUUGUUAAUUUAAAAUAAUGGGGGCACCUAAGCAAAAAUGGACCUCAGAGGAAGAAGCAGCUCUUAAAGCUGGAGUUGUUAAGCACGGGCCAGGGAAAUGGCGUACCAUUCUGAAGGACCCACAAUUUAGUGGAGUUCUGUAUCUGCGAUCCAAUGUUGAUCUGAAGGACAAGUGGAGGAACAUGAGUGUCAUGGCAAAUGGAUGGGGCUCGCGGGAGAGGUCCCGGUUAGCUCUAAAAAGGAUGCAUCCUACCCCCAAGCAUGGAGAGAGCUCUAUGUUGUCCACUUAUAGUCAAAGUGACGACGAAUUAGUUGAUGCUAGGUCUCUUGAUCCUUCAGGCGGUUCUUCACCAAAUGAUGGACCAAAGAGAUCUAUCAUGAGGCUGGACAAUCUCAUAAUGGAGGCCAUAAGCAACUUGAGGGAACCUGGUGGCUCUAACAAGACAUCAAUAGCUACAUAUAUAGAGGAUCAAUACUGGGCUCCUCCAAACUUUAAGAGAAUAUUGUCUGCAAAGUUGAAGCAUAUGGCUGCAACUGGGAAACUUAUUAAGAUGAAACGCAAGUAUAAAAUAGCCGGAGCCUCCACAUUAUCUGAACGAAGAUGGAAUUCAUCUGUUUCUGCGGAAGGAAGGCCCAAGAUUUCUCCAAGAAUUGUCCAUGAUGACAUUGAUCAUAUCACAAAAUCUCAGAUUGACGAUGUUGAGUUAGCUAAUUUGAGGAGUAUGACUCCACAAGAAGCCGCUGUAGCUGCUGCUCAAGCAGUCGCUGAAGCAGAAGCUGCAAUGGCUGAAGCUGCAGAGGCUGCUCGUGAGGCUGAUGCUGCAGAAGCUGAUGCAGAAGCAGCCCAGGCUUUUGCAGAUGCGGCAAUGAAGACACUGAAAGGAAGAAACACCCCCAACCUGAAUGUACAGAUGAUUCAUGCGUGAUGGGGUUCGAUCUGAUCACUACAGAUUCUCUCGAACGAAACCUGGUUAAUUGUCUUCCAUGCACUUGAUCUAUCAUGUAAAUAUGGCAACCAGAUAUUUAGCCUAUAACAUGAGGGAGGGGGGAGGUAUUCCUCCAGGCGAGCCCGGCGCUCAUUGUCUGUCUGUCGUCGUCAUUUUUGGGGGGUUAGCUGUAUGUUGAUUCAUUCUAUCGUAGGAGAGACGUUUGCUGGGAAAAAAAUGAAAAGGGGAAAGACCUUGCGGGUGAUAAAAUUGAGAUCAGUGUUUGGAUCAUCCAUUGCUUUGUGUUAGUUUAAAAUGGAUGGCAAAUGUCUUUUUUUUGUUGUAUGAAAAUAAUAAUAUUAUAAUAAUGCUAAUCACGAAUCCAA